GCGAAGCCGCCGGCAGUGCGUCGUGUGUCAUCAGCCUUGUUUGAAUUUUCUGACGGUUUCUACGUAGCAACGUCCGUUGAUAUUCAUAUUUUUCUGUAACCGUAUUGCUGCUUACGUAAACGUAAAAUGGUUUUGACUGCACCAAAAGUGAAAUUUUACAACGGCAACGAAGUGCCGAUCUUCGGCCUAGGAACGUGGAAGUCUAAACCAGGAGAAGUUACACAUGCUGUAAAAGAUGCGAUCGAUAUUGGCUACAGACACAUUGAUGGAGCUCAUGUUUAUGGUAAUGAGAAGGAAGUUGGUGCUGCUGUCAAGGCAAAAAUCGCUGAGGGUGUUGUGAAGAGAGAAGAUCUAUUCAUUACCAGCAAGCUGUGGAAUACCUUUCAUAAACCCGAAUUAGUUGAACCAGCCAUCAGAAAAACGCUAGCUGAUCUUGAUCUUGAUUACGUAGAUCUGUAUUUAAUUCAUUGGCCACAUGGAUUCAAAGAAGGUGGAGAUCUUUUCCCUACAAAUGCUAAUGGUGUCCUCCAGUUGAGUGACGUAGAUUACCUUGAUACUUGGAAAGCUAUGGAAAGCGUGCUGGCCAAAGGUCUGGCGAAAAAUAUCGGUGUCAGUAAUUUUAAUUCCGAACAGAUCACCAGAUUGAUCAAAAAUGCAACAGUUAAACCUGUUACAAAUCAGGUCGAAUGCCAUCCAUACUUGACGCAAAAAAAAUUAUCAGAUUUUUGCAAGGAAAGAGGCAUUCUUCUUACAGCUUACAGUCCACUUGGAUCACCAGACAGACCAUGGGCUAAACCUGAUGAUCCAAAAUUGUUAGACGACAAGAAAUUAGUUGAUCUCGGAAAAAAAUAUAACAAGACUCCUGCACAAAUACUUAUUCGUUAUCAGGUGGAUCGUGGCCAUAUAGUGAUUCCUAAGUCAGUUACCAAGUCACGAAUUGCUCAGAAUAUGGACGUAUUUGAUUUUAAACUUUCGCCCGAAGAUAUUGCUUAUAUUGACGGCUUUGAUUGUAACGGAAGAAUUUGUCCAGUGGAAGGGUCGAAAGCCAGUCCUUAUUAUCCAUUUAAUAUUCCAUUUUAAGAAAUCAAAAUGAGCAAAUGUGAAAAUAUGAUAUAUCUACGUGUCUUCUAUCAAACUUUUUGUAUGUCAAUUUUUGCCAAUCUAUUUUUCAACAUUAUUAGU